UGAGCCAAUCGUCUCAGCCUACUGACGAGCAGUCGGCCCCACCACCAUAUAGUGCUGUUGACCAUAUGGCAUCUCCUUCCGCCCCUCCAGCACAAUACAUAUCACCGUACCCUUCUAAUACCGGCGACGUUAUUCGCCCUUCAGAGUACGAGAAUUAUGGCUCAAUACCUUCCAACCUUGUAGACCCGGCGAACAGCUUUUCACGCACGGCAGUUCCACCUCCGCGUAAUCCUCGUAAGAUAAGAAUUUCAUUGAAAGCGCCGAUUUUAGCUGGGGAUAAUCUUUUCUAACCCGGCUAUCUAGACAUACCGUAUGAUUUUGUCGAUCGACCUAUCAAUCAACCUGAUAUGCCACUUCCUCCUCCCGUUCCAUAUACGCCAGACCGAUUACGCGUUCGAAGACAGAAGAGAGGAUGCUGCGCAACCUAUUGCACGUGGUCUUGCUUUGUGUUCCUACUGUUCUUGGUUGUGCUCAAGCUCAGCGUAACUUUUGCUCCAAAAUGUACCUAUCGCUCUACAUAUACAUCCGAAAAAGUUAGUUUGAAAGGUGUAGAGGAUUUGAGCAUCGAUGUCUCUGGUAUUCCAUCGUUUGGCUCCUGGAUCACUUUUAAAACCAGCAAUCAGCCUUAUUUCCAGACAACUAUUCUUUCACCAAGUGAUGAUGCUAACGUCAGGUGGACAGUCAAAGAUGGAAAAGCCCAACUCAAUAUCAAAGUUGACGAUAUCGUAUUUACAUCCUGCGUUGCUGUACAGGUUACAGUCAGCCUUCCCAACAAUUUGCAAUCUCUCAAGAUCAAUGCUAUCGACACUACUGUCAAUUUCCCUGACGGCCCGGCCUAUGUGAAGGACAUUGAUGUCAGGGUAAAGAAUACCCGCCUUGUCAGCAAAGGAAAUUUGAGCGCCAAUCGAUGGUAUAUGAGAACAACCAACGCUAGAAUUGAAGGCACUUUUUCUGCUGAUACAAUUGACCUUGGCACUAGCAAUGCUGAAAUCAACGCCAUUAUUCAAAAUGCCACCUAUGUCACACUUGCCAGCAGCAAUGGUCGUAUCAGUGGCAGCAUCGACAGUCGUGAUACAGCUAGUUUAACGACUACAAAUGGAGGAAUUAACCUCGGGAUGAUCACCGCAAAAUAUAUUUCACUCAUUACAUCGAACUCAAAGAUUGAGGUGGCCAAGGCUGAUGUCGGAAAUCAAUUGGAUGCAUCGACUUCCAAUGCAAGGAUAAAUUUAAGCGUGUGGAAAGCCGGCAAGGAUGCCGUUAUAACAUCAAAGACCAGCAAUGCCCCGAACUCAGUCUCCUUGGUAAGUCGAGAUGCAUAUCUUCUGUGCACAGUCCUAUAUAAUCAACCGUACAUUCCGCUAAUACACUGUUUCUUUCGUCAGUCCAAUCUAUAUGAUGCACACUUCUACCUUUUCACUACACACUCGGAAACCAAAGUGAUUGCACGUGAAGGGGAAGUCCAGUAUGACCUGAGUUCGAAGACCGAGAAGGAAGGCGAUAAACUCACUCAGGGAGGCUCGGUGGGCAAGGUGGACGUUUCUUUAAAAACAACAAAUGCUGCCUGCGAACUAUCGUUCCGCUAAUGGGCCUCUGCCAAUGUACAAAGCAUUCUUUUCAAAUUUUUCUAUUUAUCGUGAUACAUUGCUUGUCGUUAAUACCCCCCCCUUCCAUUUAAAACGAUUUCAUUUCGUUGAAAUAACAAAGAUCAAUAUGCAUG